GCAGCCUGCAGCGCGGAGGAGCCGCCGUGUGCAGCACCAGGACGGAGCAUGAAGCAGCCCAAAGUUCAGUGGAGUGUCCUGGGGGGAUUGCGCCGUGGAUAAACAUGAGAGGAGCGUUUUUCAUUGGUUUUUGUUUUAUUUUUUGAUGAUCUUCGCCUCUUGUUUCCACCGCCGCCGCCGCCACCGCGGAGGCGCGUAACUUCCCACCACCAAGAUGAUUUGGGGGAUUCUACUAUGUUGCCUUCUGCCACCGAGUGCUGGAUUUGAAACACCGGAUCACCUGCCUUUCUAUCACGGGCAUGUUUUUGAGAACUCCCCGAGGGGGUCGAAAGUAAACAGACUGUUGGUGCGCAUCGACGCGCAAAAAUGGUGCCCAGACUCCGACAUCCACUUCAGGCUGACGGGCAACGGCAGCGAGGAUUUCCACCCGGUCCGCCACCACAAGCGCGGGCACGUCUUGCUGAAAACUUGGAGGGCUCUGGACCGAGAGGCUCGCUCGGAGUACCGGCUGCUCUUGGGUCUGUGGUGCGAGUCGGAAUCCGUGUUUUAUGAGGUGGCGUGGGUCAAAGUGGAUGUUUUGGACACUAACGACCACCAGCCCACUUUUCUCAGCACGGACCCGGUUCACAUAAGUUUACGCGACACCACCGCUCUCCGCAGCGUGGUGUACCAGCUCCAGGCAGUGGACGGGGACAGUGGGAAAAACGCGGAGGUGACUUACGUGUCAACCCCGCGCGGCGGCACUUUGUAUGUUGUCCCGAAAACUGGAGAAGUUUUGCUGGUGGACUCGAUCCUGGGUCUCUCCUCGGCUUUCAAUGUCACCGUGUUUGCCAGAGACCACGGAUGGCCACCCCUCACCAGCAACGGCGUCACGCUCACCGUGUCUCCGCAGCAGUGGAGUCCACGCAGAUCCUCUCGCUCGCCGAGGGCGCUGCUUGACCCGGGCACUGUGGUGUCCCUGAACGUCUCAGAAGACGCCAACAUCGGCUCCGUCAUCACCAGCCUGAGUCCCACCAGGUUCCACUCCGCCACCUACGAGCUGAUCAACACGGAAACAGACAGCCUCCCGGUCACCGUGGGUCGCGACACGGGAGAUAUCACCAUCACCAGGAGGCUGGACAGAGAGACCGAGCCCACAGUGGACCUCACGGUCAAGAUCCAAGAUAAGCGAGGCCCAGACUGGUACCUCAAUAAGGUGAAACUAAGGAUCAUUGAUGUCAAUGACAACGUCCCAGUGUGGAGGAUGACGCCGUACCCGUACCUGACCGGCGUGUCUCCAGAGGCCCCUGCGGGAACGAUCGUCUACCAGCUGCAAGCUCACGAUGGGGAUGAGGGCAGGAGUGGAGAGGUGGAAUACUUUUUGUCAGACGGUGGUGAUGGCUGUUUUACCGUGGACAGGAAGACCGGUCAGGUGACGACCACUGGUCUUGUACUUCAAAAGGACAGAGAGUAUUUGUUAAGUGUGGUGGCUCUGGACGGCCUGGGCAGCCGCAGCGUUCCCGCCAUGCUCUCGGUGGUGGCCGGACCCCGACCCCCGCAGUUCACCAACAGCAGCUACGCCAUCUCCAUACCAGAGAACACGCCUGAAGGCCAGACCUUCCUGGUGAUUUCUGCCAUUUCUUUUCAAAAGAAGCCAAUUAUCUUCAGCCUCCUGAUCAAUCCCAGCAGCCUUUUCAGCAUCCAGCAGGAGACUGGAGAGAUCAGUCUGACCCGCACUCUGGAUUAUGAGAGUGACCAGCGGCGCUACCUUCUGAUGGUGCGAGCCAGCGAGGAGCCAAACAGCCUGAGCACCGCCACUGAGGUUCAGGUGUUGAUAACAGAUGAGAAUGAUUGUGUCCCGGAGUUCCUUCAAUCCAUCUACAGCGUGGAUGGAGUCCCAGAGACCGUAACCACGGCAACAUCUCUGCUCCAGGUCCUGGCUACGGACUGUGACUCGGGGUUAAACGCCGAGCUGACCUACUACACGCUCAGCCCGGACUUCAGCAUCUCCCCGCAUGGAACGGUCUUCCCGGCGGCUCGGCUGGACUACGAGAGGCCGAAUCAUCUCUAUGAGUUUGUGGUGAUGGCGGUGGACAGUGGAGAGGAGCCUCACUCUGGCACCGCGACAGUCCGUGUGAGGAUGGCCAACGUCAACGAUGAGGCCCCUGAGUUCUCCCAGCCAGUGUAUCGAACAUUUGUGUCGGAGGACGCAGGACCCAACACCCUGGUCGCCACAGUGUUGGCCAAAGAUCCGGACGGAGACGGGAUCGUGUACUCCAUCACUGCAGGCAAUGAGGAUGGAAACUUUGUCAUUGACAGCCAGAAAGGAUUAAUUCGUCUUCGCUCCACUCCGCUGCCCAAGCUGCAGGGACUGGAGUACGUGCUGAAUGUGACAGCUACCGAUGACAACGCCUCUGGUGGGCCACACUCUCUUUCCUCCACAGCCAGAGUCAUUGUUGGAGUGGAUGAUGUCAACAACAACAAGCCGGUUUUUGAGCAGUGCCAGCAGUAUCGUGAGCAGGCUUCCGUGCUGGAGAAUCAACCGACAGGGACGUUUGUGUUGCAAGUGCAUGCUGAGGAUGCAGAUGAGGGCGCAAAUGGAAAAGUCAAAUACGGCUUAAUGCACAGAGACAGCGCCAUGCCGGCCUUCAGGAUUCAUCCCGACACAGGAGUGAUAGUGACAGCGCGACGCUUCGACAGGGAGCGGCAGAGAGAAUAUUCAGUUACAGUAACAGCCACCGAUUGGGCGGAGGAGCCGCUCAUCGGCAUCUGUCAGCUCACCGUCCAAAUACUGGACCAGAAUGACAACAGCCCCAAGUUUGAGAAUCUGCGCUACGAGUACUUCCUGCGAGAAGACACCAUGGUCGGCACCAGUUUCCUCCGAGUGGCGGCUCACGAUGACGACUUUGGCACCAACGCAGCGGUCGCGUACUCCAUGUCGCUGGAGCAGCCCGAGUACCUGCGAGUCAAUGCUGUGACUGGAUGGGUGUACGUCAACCAGCCCAUUUCUCAGAGGUCCUUCAUCACUCGAGAAAUCAUCGCCACUGACGGGGGGAACCGCAGCACUUCCGUGGAGCUCUCAGUCACCAUCACCAACGUGAAGAACCAGCCUCCACAGUGGGAGGAGGAGAGCUACAGCAUGGUCAUCCCUGAGAACACCGCCAGAGACACGCCGAUUGUGACAAUCAAAGCAACGUCUCAGCUGGGUGACCCAAGAGUGACCUACAACUUGGAGGACGGAAUGGUUCCGGAGACUAACAUGCCAGUUCGGUUCUACCUCUCCCCAAACCGGGAGGACGGAUCGGCAUCCAUUCUUGUGUCGGAACCUUUGGACUUUGAAACCACAGCCUUCUUCUCGCUCCGGGUUCGAGCGCAGAAUGUUGCCGCCGUGCCUCUCGCCGCUUUUACCACAGUCUACGUGAACAUUACUGAUGUCAACGACAACGUGCCGUUUUUCACCUCCUCCAUCUACGAGGCCUCUGUUACAGAAGGAGCCCAAAUCGGGACGUUGGUUCUCCAAGUGUCGGCUCAUGACAAAGACCUGGGCCCCAACGGCGAGAUCACCUACUCUCUGCUGAACGACAGCAGCGGCGACCACAGCUUGUUCCGGAUUGAUCCCAAACUUGGCAACAUCUACACGGAAGCGGUUUUCGAUCGCGAGGCCCGCAGCUCCUACCUGCUGGAGGUUCAGUCAGAAGACGGGCACGAGUCAGCCCGACCUGGAAAGAACAAACAGCCCAACUCAGACACAGCGUAUGUGCGCGUUUUCAUCAGCGACGUCAACGACAACAAACCGGUCUUCGCUCAGAGACUCUAUGAAGUCGGCAUCGACGAGAAUGCAGAUGUAGGCCUGGCUGUAGUCACCGUCAGCGCUAACGACGGAGAUGAAGGGGCCAACGCCAAGCUACGUUACCAGAUCACAUCGGGUAACAAGGGUGGUGUGUUCGACAUCGAGCCAGAGGUGGGGACAAUCUUUAUAGCGCAGCCGCUGGACUAUGAAGAGCAGAAGAGAUACAAACUCCUGGUCCUCGCCUCGGACGGAAAAUGGGAGGACUACGCUGCAGUGGUGGUCUCCGUGGUGAACAAAAACGACGAGGCGCCUGUGUUUUCCAUGAAUGAGUACUAUGGAUCCGUCACAGAGGAGCUUGAUGGGUCUCCAGUGUUUGUUCUACAGGUGACGGCCACUGACCCAGACAAAGAUGCCGACCAGGGGGCGAUACGCUAUUCCAUCCAUGGCCAAGGAGCGGACUCGCACUUCAUGAUCAAUGACAUCACAGGGGAGAUGUAUGCUCAACGCACCAUGAAUCGAGAAGAGCGUGCUGUUUGGAGAUUUGUAGUCAUGGCAACAGAUGAAGAGGGAGAGGGCCUAACCGGGUUCACCGAUGUUAUAAUCAACGUGUGGGACAUUAAUGACAACGCGCCCAGCUUCACAUGCGCGCCGGAUAACUGUCACACAAGCGUGGCAGAAAACUCUCCCACUGGGACCUUUGUUGUGGAAAUGACUGCGGUCGACCUUGAUGACGCCGCAGUCGGUCAAAACGCCAUUCUCACCUAUCGGAUAAUCGAUAAUGUUCAGAACACGAACAAUGUGGAUCUAUUCGCAAUUGACUCCAGCACCGGCACCAUCUCCGUGGCAGCCGAAGGCCUUGAUCGGGAGCUUGCCGAGAGUCAUCAGCUUGUAGUGGAGGCCCGAGAUGGGGAUGGAUUGAUCGGUACGGCGACGGUCACCAUCGCCUUAACUGACAUCAACGAUCACGUGCCGAGGUUCAUGGACGAGUGGUGCGGCGCUCAAGUUUCGGAAAAUGCUGAGGUGGACUCUUCUGUGCUGGAACUGCGCGCCUUUGACCCGGAUGCCGGCGCGUACGGGCAGCUAUCGUUCAGCGUGCUGGUCGGUGAUGCAGAGCAGCGAUUUUACAUGGUGAGCAACAGAGCGGAGAAGAUGGGCACACUGCGACUGAAGAAACAGCUGGACUUUGAGACUCCAGGAGAGCAAAGGUUCAAUCUAACCAUCAAGGUGGAAGACUCUGAUUUUUCCAGCCUCAUCCAUUGCCUGAUUCUGGUCGAGGAUGAGAAUGAUCAUGCUCCUGUGUUUGCUCAAAAUUCCCAAUUUCUCGCACCAUUCCCUGAGGAUGUGACAGUAGGAACUCCAAUCGUCCAAGUCCUGGCAACCGACAGUGACUCUGGCUUGAAUGGGGAUAUUUUGUUCUCUGUUCUUCCCCACUCUGACCCCUAUGGGCACUUCACAGUGGAUAAAUCUGGCGUAAUAUCAGUUGCCAAGUCACUGGAUCGAGAAACGGUGGGGGUAUACGAAUUAGUUGUCAUAGCUACAGAUCAGGGUUCUCCGCCACAAUCUAGCAGUGGCACUGUACACUUUCUCCUGCUGGAUGUGAACGAUAACGGGCCUGAGUUGGAGACCAACUACUCCCCGGCCCUAUGGGAGAACACUCCAGCCCCUCAGGUGGUUUGGCUGAACAAAAGCUCACCCCUGCUGCACGUUGUGGACCGGGACUCCCCAGAGAACGGGGGACCUUUUCAUCUGUCCCUGCCUCCGCCGUACUCCGUGGACUUCCACCUGCAGGACCACGGAAACGGCUCAGCCACACUCACAGCCUUGCGGCGGUUCGACCGAGAGAGACAGAAAGAGUUCAACCUACCUGUGAUUAUGAUUGACAGCGGCGAUCCUCCCAUGACCGCCACUUGUACACUCACCAUCACGGUCUGCGAUCAGAACGACAACGCCCACCAGGCGGGGGAGAAGGAUGUUUAUGUGUAUAGCCGCAGGGGGAGGACCGCUAAUGCAGUACUGGGAAAGGUAUAUGCCCCUGAUCCAGAUGACUGGGACAACAAGACCUACACUCUGGAGACAAGCUCAGCUAAAUACUUCAGUCUAAACCAGAGCUCUGGAGUACUGACGGUGCGACAGAACACACCUGCUGGCAGCUACUGGUUGAGGGUCGGCGUUUCGGAUGGGGUCUGGCCCGACGUCUUCUCCGGAGUGAGAGUUCAUGUGAGAGAUCUGGAAGAAAAGGCCAUCCUGUCGUCUGCUUCGCUGCGUCUGACUGGCAUUACAGCGAGAGACUUUAUCGACUCAGGCGUGGAGGGGAAGAGUCGGCUGGAAAUAUUUUGGGACUUUCUGUCUGAAGUCUUGUCGGUCAGAGCCGCCAGUAUCAACAUUUUCAGCAUCGCAGACGGAGAAGAAAAGAGCCUGGACAUCCAUUUCUACGUGCUGUCUGAUACGGGCUACAUCCACCCGGAGAAGCUGCACGCUGUCCUCACAGUGCAGAAAAAAAAGCUUCAAUCACUGCUCCGUGCGACUGUGAGCCAAGUGCAGGUGGACGAGUGUGUGCGCACAGAUUGCAAGUCGUCGGGUGGCUGCUCCACACAGUUAAGCGUCGCUGACACGCUCACCCUGGUGGACUCUGGCCCGUUAUCCCUGGUCUCGGUGACAGUGACAUCCUUGGCUGUGUGUGGCUGUGCAGCCAGAGAACUGACACACCGGAGCUGCUCCUCGUACUCAGUGAACCCCUGUCUCCAUGGAGGAACCUGCCUCGACACCCAGAAUGGAUACAGGUGCAAGUGCCCCCCACAUCUGGAAGGUCCAGACUGUCAGCAGACAGGUCUCAGUUUCCUUGGCAACAGCUACGCUUGGUUUCCUCCCAUCAGGCAGUGCUUUGAUAGCCAUCUUUCACUGGAGUUUAUGACGGGAGAAGAUGACGGGCUGCUUCUCUACGCUGGGCCACUGGCCACCCGGCUGCCGGGGGACACCGAGGACUUCAUGGCCAUUGAGCUGAUUGGUGGCAUCCCGAGUCUGAAGAUAAACCACGGCUCUGGCACGCUGAUCCUCCAGCUCACCAACAUCAGGGUGGCAGACCGACGCUGGCAUCAUCUGGUGGUGAAGAGUAACAGCAAAGAAGUGCGCUUCACUCUGGAUCGAUGUUCCACAGCAAUUGUUAUGGAGACGGAAGGCGUGGACUCCUGGGCGAUGACAGAGGAUCGCUCAUCCUGUGAAAUCCGCGGGGUCACGCCGAGCAGGGACAAGUAUCUGAACGGUAGCCACGUUCUGCAGCUCGGCGGGGUCAACCUGAACUUGUCCUACGAGUAUCCACAGUUGCAGUACAAACAGUACACUGGCUGCAUCCGCAACUUGCGCGUGGACAGCAAGCUCUAUGACCUCGGUUCUUCCGCAGAAUCCAUCAACACCUCCCCAGGCUGCUCUCUAACCGACAGCCAGUGCUCCAACAUCGAGCAGCUCCCAUACUGUGGCAAGGGGGGGAACUGUCACCAAGAGUGGGGCUCUUCUGGCUGCUCAUGUAACCCUGGCUUCACCGGACCUCAGUGUGACCAAGUGGCUCCGGAGUUUUCCCUCGGCGGGCGAAGCUACAUUCAGUUCCAGCUCCUCUGGUCUCUGCCCGCCAGACAAACAAGGGUUCAGAUCGGGGUCCGGACGCGUGCCUCCUCGGGAGUUAUUCUCAGCCUCCUCUCCCAGGAGCAAAAUGAAUACCUGCGCCUGGAGGUUUUUCAAGGUACACUGGCUGUUUUCUAUAAUCUGGGCGAUGGAGACUACAACGUGACUCUGCCCUAUCAACGCCUGGACGACGGGGAUUGGCACGAGGUGGAACUGGACCGCUUCGGGCGAGAGUUCACACUGCGCCUCGACGGUGGCGGAGGGCGACGUGAAGUCACGGCCUUGCUUGGACGGAGUCAGGAGAUCAUCAUCGAUCCGUCCGCGGUGAUGCUGGGGAACUCUUUUCCCUCUGGACUCAACCGCAGUUUCCUUGGCUGUUUGCGAGAGCUCCGGUUUAACGACCGCUCCAUCCCCCUCCAUCAAGAGCAGGAUGCAGAGGGACUUCAGGUGGUCUCCUCCCAGGGUGUGACCGCAGGCUGCUCCUCGGAGGCCUGCAGGAAACAGCAGUGCUCUCCUCCCUUCGUCUGCGUCGACCUCUGGAGACACUACGAGUGCAGGUGUCCCCCAGGUCACAUGACUAAAGAGAGCCUGUCCGGGAAGGUGUGCGUCUACACUCUGUGCGCCAGUCGGCCGUGCAGGAACGGCGUGUGCGUGCCUCAUUCGCCUUCCCGCUACACCUGCCAAUGCAGCGAGGGCUACAGGGGGCGCCAUUGCGAGGUGACCCUGGCCAUGUUCCACAACGAGGACAACAACAGCCUGAGCCUCAGCUCCAUGUUUGCCAUCAGCAUCUGUGUCAUGGCCUUUCUAGUGUUGAUGCUGGGACUCUUCCUCUACUCCUGCUGGAGGCGACACAAGGGCCUGAAAGAAGGUGUGUACCACGUGUCGGCACAUCAUGGCGAGUGGGAGGACAUCCGUGAAAACGUUCUGAACUAUGAUGAGGAAGGAGGAGGCGAGCAGGACCAGAACGGCUUCAACAUGGUGGAGCUGCAGCGCUCCCUGCAGCCCAGCCCGGCGCAGUCUCUCCGCUACAGCUACCCGCACAGCCUCGUCUCCUGCCCCCAGAGUAAAGCCCCGCAGGGCGACAACAGGAAGGGGAUGUCCAAUGUUAAUGGCAGCGCAGCAAUCGCCCUGCGCCUGGCCAUCCCCCCCUCAGAGAACCCCGAAUCCCUGCCGUCACCUUUGACCUUCCGCCGCUCUCAGAAAGCCCUGUCCUUCUCCAGCCAGGACUUGGCCCGCUAUUUGUGCGAGGUCAUCAGAGACAUGGAGCAGCCCGAUCAGCUGGGGACCAUGACCACGCCGCGGCGUCCCAAAAGGAAAGAGCGCAGCCUGGCUGCGGUGCGGUCCCUCAGCUCACUAAACGCAUCUCAGGGGUCGGAGGUCAAGCCUCAAGGAGCUCAAAGCGCUCGAUCAGACAAGUUCAAAACCCUUCGAGCCGUGGUGAGCGAUUUGAGGGGAGACGGGAGGAAUCCAGAGCGUCAGGGAGAGAAAGCGAAGGAGAGCAGAGGGCAGCCGAACUGCGAAAAGAGCGGCUGAAGCACGUCGAACAACAAGCCUGUAAAACAGCAACGCUAACAGCAGACAGGGGGCGAUGGAAUUCCGCAGAGAGACAAUUAAAUGUGGAUUCGCAGAAAGUGGGGCGCUGCCCACAGUCUGUGCGAAUUCCUCUCUAAAUGUACUGUAUUGAUAAAACUUUGAACAUUGGAGCUCUUUGAUAUAACAUGAAUGAUCAGAUGUGACGUAUUGUUUACUCAGCAUUACACUGUACAGUACUUACUCCACUGACAGCACUUUUGGAAGUCAAUCUCUUCACAUGAAACGUACGACGGUGAUGUUCACGGAGGCCAGCGAUCGCCCGGCAAGUCUCCUCCAGCUCAUGAAAUUAUUUAUGUG